CCCCGCGCACUCUGUGAGUUGACAAAAAUUUCUACUGUGCAGUAAAAUCUAAAUUUUCUUCGGAUUAAAAUCUACGGUAGAAGGACAAUUAAGUGAUUAUUGGGAAAAAUGGGCGACGGUGCUGGUAAUUGGUGUCUCAUCGAAUCCGAUCCCGGAGUGUUCACGGAGCUGAUUCGCGAGUUCGGCUGCGAUGGCGCCCAGGUGGAGGAGAUCUGGAGCCUGGACAGCGAGUCCUUCAAGAAUCUGGAGCCCAUCCACGGCCUGAUCUUCCUGUUCAAGUGGGUGCAGGAGGAUGAGCCCGCCGGCAAAGUGGUCCUGGAUCGGGAGAACAUCUUCUUUGCCAAGCAGGUGAUCAACAAUGCCUGCGCCACCCAGGCGAUCCUGAGCCUGCUGAUGAACCUGGAGCACGAGGACAUCAAGCUGGGCGAGACGCUGACCAACUUCAAGGAGUUCUGCCAGUGCUUCGAUCCCUACAACAAGGGGCUGACCCUCAGCAACGCCAGUCAGAUCCGCACGGUGCACAACUCCUUUGCCCGCCAGACGCUCUUCGAGCUGGACAUGAAGAACCAGAACAAGGACGAGGAUGUGUACCACUUUGUGGGCUACAUGCCCAUCGGCGGGCGGCUGUACGAGCUGGAUGGCCUGCGCGAGGGACCCAUCGAUCUCGGGGAGAUCAGGCCCGAGCAGAACUGGAUCGAUGUGGUGCGUCCCAUCAUCGAGAAGCGCAUGCAGCGCUACAGCGACGGCGAGAUCCACUUCAACCUGAUGGCCCUGAUCUCGGACAGGCAGCGCAUCUACGAGCAGCAGAUCGACAAGCUGCUCAACCCGGCUCCCAAUGCCAUGGACACCGAGGAGGACCGACAGACGGAGAUCAGCAGUCUGCGCACCUACAUCCAGUACGAGAUCCAGAAGAAGAAGCGCUACAAGGUGGAGAAUGUGCGGCGCAAGCACAACUACUUGCCCUUCAUCGUGGAGCUGCUGAAGAUGCUCGGCGAGACCGGGCAGUUGAUGCCCAUUUACGAGAAGGCCAAGCAGAGGGCGCUGGAUCGCGAGCAGGCCCAGCGCAAAAAGGAGACCAACUAGGCAUUUAACGCAUAUAUAUCCCCCCCAUUUGGGCAAUUCCAAAUUGCCGCGAUUUCAAAUAAAAGAGGAGAUAAAGAUCAGAGCGCCAGUUAGUAUCGCUCAAUAGUAGUUAGAUGAAACUGCCUUUGUACUGUACUCUAGUUUUUAUAUUCAAUAUCCUGCUCUCUGCCAGUUAAUCGUACGCACCUCUGCGUGUUAAGCUAAAUAUACCUAAAUACCUAUAGUGAGAAAUUUAAAUAAACAGUUUCGGUAACGUAAAGAAGAAAACAA